CAGCCCUUUUUUAAUCUCUAUUCACAGUAUAUCUUCGGGGAAUUCAGCCCUGAUGAGAUCAAUCAGUUUUUUGUGACUCCUCGCUUUUAUGUUGAGCUUCCUCCGUUCAACGACAAGGUUCCAUGCGUCAGUCAGUCUUCAGGAAGUUACAGCACUCCUGCUGUGCCUUAUAUUAUGGAGUCAAUGGGACUGCAGGUUUGCGGAGAAGACUAUCAGCGCAUCGAGUUUGGGGUUGACGAGGUGAUGGACUCCAAUCCUGUUGGGAUGAACGAUCCUUUGUAUAAGGUACCGAGCACGCUCAACCCCCAGGCCCCGGAGUUCAUCCUGGGCUGCCAGUCGGCUCCGAAGGCUCAACAGACGACUCCUCCAGCAGCUGAUGUUCCUGAUGGAAGCCACUUCAAUUCGCUGGAUGGACCUGACGCUGAGGUCUCAGCCCUGGACAAUCACCAGGCGUGCCAGGACAUGGAUGGACUCCCUGGUAGCUUGGGACAGCGAGAGAGAAAGAAAAAGAAAAAGCGACCGCCGGGGUACUACAACUACCUAGACCCAUCCAGCGCUGGGAGCAACAGCGGCACCGGUGGGGCAGACGGCACGCCCGUGACAGCACUAGUGAAUGGACACGCACUUGGAGGCUCACACCAUAGUCCUGAAGAUGUGGACAGUAAGGCAUUGUCAGCAGCUCAACUUUCCACUCCUGCACCUGUCUCCACGGCAACAGCUGCUAUGUUUGGCCCCACAACCACUGCCGAUCAGAGGACUUGUGAUAGCCCUGAUGACUCUUCUUUUGACCUAACGAGUGGAGCUGCCUCUUUCUCAGACAGCAACAAUGCAAUUUCCUCCUCUUGUUCCUCCUCUCACAGCAGAGAGAUGACAGAGGGACCAAGGACUGCAGACCAGCAGCCAGUUCAUUUGGCUCCACAGAGCCCAGAACUUUCAGAUCCCCCACACAGCCUUUGCUCCAAAUCACCGCUUCCUCUUCCUCCUGCUGCUGAAGCCACACCCACUCUUAUCACUUCUACUACUACUACUGAAAUAGAAGGAAACGAAGUAGCAGAAAGUGGAGUGGCCAACGGGCUAGAAGAACCCGAUACUCCCGUCAGUGCAGAUGGACACAAAGAAGACUGUGACAGUGGGGAGCAGAAUCAGCAGCUCACCCCAGACUCUGCUGCCCAGUCGUUAGUGACGGAGCAGACACAUUCACCUGCUGUUCCUGCUGCACCCACUGCCAAUCUUCCCAAAUCCUGGGCUAGCCUCUUUCACACCUCCAAGCCUCUGUCUGGGGGCCCUCAGGCCUCCGUAGAGGUAAAGAAUAUUGUGGAAGCGGUGUCUCCCACACCUGCAACACCAGAGCAACCUGAAAAACUUGAGGAGCUGAAAGAAGGCCCUGUCCACGUAUCAGAGGAUCCAAUGGCCCCUAAACUUGCAGAACUUAUUGAGAAUGUGAAGUUGAUACAUAAACCAGUGUCUUUGCAGCCCAGAGGGCUGAUCAACAAAGGAAACUGGUGCUAUAUCAACGCUACCCUCCAGGCCCUGAUCGCGUGCCCUCCCAUGUACCAUCUAAUGAAGUCCAUCCCUCUGCACAGUGAGACGCAGAGACCGUGCUCCUCCACUCCCAUGAUGGACAACUUCGUGAGGCUGGUGAAUGAGUUCAGCAACAUGCCUGUGCCAUCAAAACCAAAACAGCAAAACGUUGGCGAUAAGGUCGUGAAAGACAUUCGGCCUGGUGUACCCUUUGAGCCAACCUACAUUUACAAACUCCUCACCCUCACCAAGUCCAGUCUGUCUGAGAAGGGUCGACAAGAGGAUGCGGAGGAGUAUCUUGGGUUUACUCUCAAUGGUCUGCACGAGGAGAUGCUGGCGUUGAAAAAGCUAAUCUCACCGCAGGAAGAGAAGGCUCCUACGCCCAAUGGACCAGAGUCCCAGCCAGGUACAGAGGAGGAUGUUGUUGAUAAGGAGGAAGAAGGGAGUGAAGAUGAGUGGGAACAAGUGGGUCCCAGGAAUAAGACUUCUGUCACUCGCCAAGCCGACUUUGUCCGCACACCCAUCACUGAUAUUUUUGGUGGACACAUCAGAUCGGUGGUGUAUCAACAAAACUCCAAGGAGUCGGCCACUCUGCAGCCUUUCUUUACCCUGCAGCUCGACAUCCAGUCUGAGAAGAUCCGCACGGUUCAGGAGGCUCUGGAAGCCCUGGUUGCCCGGGAGUCGGUCCAGGGCUACACGUCAAAAACCAAGCAGGAGAUUGAGAUAAGUCGGAGGGUAACUCUGGAGGAGCUGCCACCUGUCCUGGUGCUCCAUCUCAAGAGAUUUGUCUUUGAAAAGACUGGAGGUUGCCAGAAACUGACGAAGAACAUUGAUUAUCCUGUUGAUCUGGAAGUCAGCAAAGACCUCUUAUCCUCUGGAGUGCGGAGCAAGGUUUUGAAAGGCCAAAGAAUUUACAGGCUCUUCGCAGUUGUGUAUCACCAUGGAAACAGCGCAACAGGCGGUCACUACACCACUGACGUCUUCCACAUCGGUCUCAAUGGCUGGUUGCGUAUUGACGACCAAACAGUGAAGGUCAUCAACCAGUACCAGGUGGUGAAGCAGACCGCAGAGCGAACCGCCUACCUGCUGUACUACCGCCGCGUCGACCUGCUGUAGACACAUACACACGCAUCCCUACACACACACACACACACACACACACGCAAACAUACAACAGACAUGUCAAAGUGCACUUGCUGACAAUGAAGUGCAUCUACAUCUAACACCACGCACCAAACUAAUGAACAGGAACACUGCCCAACUUGUUCUUUUGCAAGAUUUUCCUAUUCUUCCCUCCUGUCUCUGCUUUCAUGAAAACCAGCGUUUCCAGCGCCUUUUUCCUUGUCACCUUUUCUUUUUUUUUUGGAAGAGAAGCAAGCUGCAUUCACCAAGUUUUCCCUGUGACUGCUCUCUUUCCUCUGUGCGCCACUGCUGUUGUGAUUUUCCUUUUAUUUUUUGUUUUCCUUUUAAUGCAGCGAGGGAGGACUGUUGUAAAGACUGAGGUGGGGUUGGGGUCACCUCAGACUGAGCCUACUGCUUAGUUCUGAUUUUACAGCGUACUCGCACAGGAGGAACUACCUAUAAUGGGCUACAAGUGGACUACAGAGGGGAUGUUCUUGUUCAAAGUCCUUUGUUGUUAUUUUUUUUUUUUUUUUUAAGGAAAUUACUUAGAAAUGUCAGUGUUUGCCUUUUAGCAAAGGAGAACGUCGGCCUAAUGAGUUUGCAGCAGUUUAAAAGCCUAUUGUUUGCCCAUGUGCAUUGAAAAGGCCCAGCACCAGCAGUAUAUCACAAGUCUGUUCCCCCAAAACCAGAUUGUGUUCUUCACCCACCAAGUCGUCGUCCUCCUCCAUCUCCUCACUUUUAUGAUGCUUUUAAGGGUACAACUUGAGCCAUCAAAAGCAAAAAGAAAAAGAUGUGGUGCAUCAGAUGUGAAUUUAACUGCUUCCUUGUGUUGGAAAGAUCCUUCUUAUGGUAUUUGGGUUUAGAUUUAGACUGUUAAUAAAAAAAAAAUAUUAAUGCGCUUUAGAGUUUAAUUACAAAUAUGCUUCUGUGCACAAAGAAUAAAAUGAUGAUUACAAUAUGACAGGCAAAUGCAUAUUUUACAAAUAUUUAGAUCCAAAUGUUUAAAAGGAAAAAAGUUUCUCGCUGAUCGAAAUUGCGGAUGUGGAAGGAACGUGUCCAUUUCAAACUCAGUUUUUGCUUUACAGAAGCAGCAAUCGAUCAAGAAAGAUUCCACACGCUAAACCUGCCCAUGUUUACUUUGUACACUUUUUUUUGUUUGUUUUUUCCUUUGCUUUCCCCUUUUUGGCUUGUCUAAAGCAUCCACCUUUGUACCGGUGGUUCUGGGUGUGUUACUGAGCCGCACGACCCUCCGGCCCCAUUAACUAAAGAUAAAAUGAGGGCUUCCCUCAGUUACCAGUUUAUUUCCUCCACUCGGAGAACAACACUCAUCCUAAUCCCAUGGAGGGAGCUGAUUUCAUGUAUGGUGGGUUAAAGGUGUACGCCUGGCGUGACUGGGUGAGUGUUUCCGCUCCGUCGUGAUAAAGGGUCGAGUGACGCCGGACUACUUCGCCCUGGACAGGCGCACAAAAGGAGAAAGCAUUUGCUUUUCUUGAAAAUUAGUUUUUCUCUUUCGGCUCAUUCAUUGAUUGUGAUGCUUUUUGUUUAGCAUUACUAAAAGAUGUUAGUUUUUUUUUGUUUUUUUUUUGUCAAUCAUUUACUAGAUGUUGUUCUGCUCUCGCUCCCGUUAGAAAAAUAUGCUUGCAAUGGAAUUGGUGUUUGAAAAGAAAAUAAACGAGCUAAAGCACAACCGCAAAUGACAUUACAUUAGUUUUUUUGUGUUUAAUUUUAAUUUUCUCUUCUGAUUUAAUAGAAUUUGUCUCAACACCUCUUUCGAUCAAACCACCAGUAUCGCAUUCAGUGUUAACGCAGCAGCAGAUUUAGUCUAUGGAAAUGCUCAUCACCGAGGUACACUGGUGAGACCUGUUCUGCUUUCUCUAGGAUGAUGUUGUUGCAGCAGAGGGUAAUUGUUUAAUACAAAAUCAAAACAAUGUCAAACUAAUAAAAGACAAACCUUGAAUUUUAAAUUCAAACACUAUGAAAUCUCAUUUUAGUUUAAUAAAAACAGAUCAGCUCUAUUUUAGCGUAAUUAUGUGACUUGUCAUCGAAGUUGUGAUGUUUUAAAGUCAGAAACCUGUUUCUGGUUAAACCAAAGGACAACAUGGCAUCAGCCCUUCUGCCUUUCAUUGAGUUUCUGUUCCAGCGUUUAUUUUGCCUUGUCCAUUCGGUGAACAAAAGAGACGGCAUGCUCUGUAAACAGUUGGUUCGUCAUUAACUUCACAUAGUUCAGUUGUGAUGCUUUCUUUUAUUUCUGCAAAAAGAAUAAAAAUUAUUAAAAUGUG